AUGACCGGCGUUAAUCCUACUACCGUCCGUCAUGCAAUCGAAUUGUCUACUACCCUGAUUGAGUCGCAAGUCAGGAAGGGAAAACUUACCCGUAAGGGGGACAAGAAGAAGUCGGCUGUUUCUGAGAAAGACAAGAAAAAGGGUAAGGGUAAGGGUAAGGAAGGUGAGACGACAAAGAAGUCGAGGAAGCGGAAGGAUGCUCAGAAUUUUGCUGUUACAACACAGAUUGAUCAAAACUCACCGGCUCAGCCACCUGCGAAAAAGGUGUAUGCUGGUACCGCACCUCAUUGUGCACGCUGCGACGGUCAUCACGUUGCACAACAAGCUUACACCAUGGCAUCUUCUGAUAGUGGAGUGUCCAACACGAUCGACCCUAUGGCCAUUACCUCGGAUGACGAGAUAGCCACGGACCCAGAGGUUUAUACCUCAGACACCACGAGCACCGAUGAAGAUGAUUUUCACCUUUUUGCCCUACCAGUCUUUGGAGACGACUUGCCCUUAGCUGAUGGUCCACCGGGAGAGGAACUGCCCCUUGUCCCAAUCCCUGCCCCUCUCCCAUUUGCCGCAGUUCCCUUUGAGGAACAGCCUCUCGACGCGUUACCCGAUGGCGACAUCGAUCUACUUAUCGAGGGUCCCCCAGAGGGAGACCAGGAUGGCGGGGCCCCGAUGGAGGACGAUGUUCCACUAGUUGAUAUCCCAGUUGUUGACCCCGUUGUUCCUAUGGUUGAGAUUCCUGCUGUUGACGCCCUUGUUGUGCCACCUGUCGAGGCUCCUAUUGAGGAGGCCUUACCCGAUCCGUCCGUUUCCUACCCGUUUGAGUCAGCAUCAUCUGCCACUAUUCACGCCCAGGACGUGCAGCACUACUCCACCGACAUUGAUUCAGACAUGGCGAUGUCUGCUGCACCCAUUGCUUUCCAUGACUUUGAUUCGGAGCAUGAGGUCGAGUUUUUACCUAAUGAGCCUGUUCCUGCUGAUCCAGAGCUUGGAGUCGCACCUGAGCCUAUUUUCGCUCCCGACCCAAUUCCUGUUGAUGCACCAGUCGUUGCACCACCUGUCACUAAUGCACCCGUCAUUGCACCACCAGCUGCUGAGAUCCCAGAUGUAGCACCUAUACCUGACCCCAUGCCCAUUUUUGAUGACUUUGCACCGUUUGCUACUCAUAUUGACCCGAGAUACGCUGACACCCGUAACGGGUGGAUUGAGGAUGAUGAUGAUUAUCCUCCAUUUGUUCUACCCGUCACCCCACCUGCCGCACCUAUUUCCGCUCCCGUUGAUGUUCCACCUUUUUCACCCACAUGUAUCUGA